ACAUUAUAGUUUCUAAUGAACGUUUGUUAAAAUGUGUUUUUUUGUAAGACAAACUUUACCAGUUUUCACGUUCUUUGCACAUUGGAUGUUUUAUUCAUUUAUUACAUGACAUGACGAGUUGUGCUACGAUGUUAAAUUUGACAAAAACUACAAUAUCCACAACGCAAACAACGGGAAAGGUUGUGUUUUGUUUAUUAAGAGUUUUUAUGGGUAUAAACUGCAGCUGCGUCUGUUUUUUGAUAUGCUGGGUAACGAGAAAUGACAGAUUUCCUAUUUUAUCCGCAAAAAAAAACGGUUAAAUAUUACUUUUAAGUAUACAAUUAACAGUCAAUGUUGAGAUAAAAAUACAAUUUUAAUAUUGAGAGCUUUUUAACGAACGGACAAAAAUCUGUUUAUUAAGGAACAAACAUAAAAACAGUGAACAUUUUUAUUUUGUCAUUGUGAUGUAACCGCCAGAGGUUUCUAAUCCUGAGCGCCCUCUACCGCAUAAGAGCAGCCACUGCACCAGACUUGACGCAGAAGCCUAAUAGACUAAAAGUCUCCACAAAGAACCUGCAGACUGUUCUUCUUUCCUCUUAUCUCAUCCUUUACUGUCUCCAUACUCCCUUUCCUCUCUUCUCAUCUCCAUCCAUCCCGAUUGAGAUUUCAGACAUAACCGCCAUUCCUCUUCUGUUUAUCCAUAUGUUAUACACAUCAGCGGCAUCGAGAGGAAGAGAAAAGCGGGAUGAGAGGAAGUGGAAUGUAGGAAAGGAGGAAUAGCGGUGUUUUCUUUUUAUAGCCGACCGUGCAGUGUGACCUACCCAGUAGAGAUCUGUGAAAUCAGAUUUACAUUCAACAUAUUGAUCACUUAUAUUGAUCAGAUCAAAUGAUACAUUCGAGCCAUUUGUAUUAAUAAAUAACAUGUAAAGUUCACUAUAGCCGGUAUGGAGUCAUCGAAACUAAGUAACACUUCAGAAUCAGUUAAACGCGCACUUAAGCAUUGUGGUGGAGAAACGAUGGAUGAGGUUUUGGAGAAAUUUCUGGAAGACCAGAAGAUGAAGAUAGCAGAAGAGAAAGCCUGUCUGGAACAGGAUCCCCCAUACAUGGAGAUCAGGAGACGUAAAGACCAUGGUUUGCGGAAAGAGAACCAACGUCCAAUCACGAGUCAGCAAGAUGCAGUGAGUCUGCCGCUGGGAGAGGAAUAUGAAAGAAAGAAACACAGGCUACAGGAAGAGCUUAGGAAAGAUUACAGAAAGUACAUGGUGGAGAGAGAUCACUGGAGUGCUGGUGACAUUCACACGGUUCCAAGGAGAAGAAGAUUAUCCAAGACCGUCCGAAUGAGAGAUGUGGCCACCCUGACAGAGGUUUGCGGGCUGGGAUGGGGCGUGUGCAGUUCUGAGGAAGACUGCAGCGACGAAGAACUCAUACAUUUACAAGGGGGGCGACUUCAGAGAGAAAGAGACACCAGAACAGUAAAUAGAAGAAGAGGAGAAUUUUUCACAGAAACAAAUCAUCACACAAGCAAACUACAGCACAGAAACAGGAUGUCAGCACCUAUUGCAGCUCAAGCCAAUGAAAGAUCUGACUCCAUGGCCAGUCAGGACACAGUGUAUACCACAGGUCUCCUAAUAGGUGCAGCGGAUCAGGAAAUCUCACAGCAGAGAAGAAAGGAGCAUUAUAGACAUGAACUACAGGAGCAAAUCAUGGAGAAACAGAAGCACAUGAGGAGGGAGAAGGAACUGGACCUCAAGAUUUCAGUCACUGGAAUGAUGGAUUCAGAGAAGCAGCUCUUUGGAAGCGAGACGCCUGGCUACAGGAGGGUUGGUGAGACGGACAGAAUGCAUUCGAGAGAUGAAAUAAUUCGCCUGGACACCGCUGAGCCCCCUGAAGGUCUACUAAAGUACAGGUCAGAUCAACUGUCUCCACGCAGAGAGACUUUUUUACCUUCUCACCUGCCGGCCCUUGCAGAAGCCUACAGGAGAUCAAACCAUGAUGCUGAUAAUACACUGAGUCUCAGCACAGCCUAUGGGCCAAUAGCUGGAGUUUCUCUUCCAACAUCAUCAAGAGAGACACACCUGCUCAGUCCUCACAAUGAGCCCAGGAGAAGCGCUUGCAGAACGAGGUUUCUAGGGGAGAAUGAAGGUGUGGCUUCAGGUCUGCCCAUGUUUUCUAGGCAUCAGCCUAAGACAGACAGACACAGCUACAAAGUGGAGCUCCAAAAGCAGAUAGAGGAGCGGGCUGCACGGAAGAAGGCAGAGAAAGAAGAGAGACGGAGACAGGAGGCAGAGAUGGAAGCCGAGAUGAUAGCGUAUGAUCCCUGGGGAAGGGGCGGGGGCGGAGCUCCACUUAGAGACAGCACUGGAAAUCUGAUCACUGACCUGAAGCAGAUGCACGUUUUAAAUGCAACAGGAGCAGUACAAAGACAGGAGAGACCAGAUUUUGCCCAGCCAUGCUCGCCGGAGUUCACGAGAAGGAGUGUGUCCACCAAUCAGGUGCCGUCACCCCAACAGCUGGAGCAAGACCAAUACAAAGCUUACCUGAGACAUCAGGUGGAGGAGAAGCGCAGGAAGCAGAUGGAGGAAAGAGAGCAGCAGAGAGCAGAGGAGGAGAAGGAAGACAGAAGACUGGCAGAACAGAGAGAGAAAAUCAGAAGAGAAUAUGAAGAAGAACAGGAGGGCAGGAGGCGGAGAGAGAUGGAGCAAAAGCUGAAAAAUGAAGAACUCGCCCGUCUGGCAGAAGAACGACGAAAGGAAGCGGAGAAAAAGAAGAAGGAAGAAGAAGAAAGAGAGAAAGAAAGAGCCGCUCUUAAAAAACAAGAGGAGCAAGAGAGACGAAUACAGCAGCAGCAGGCUGAGCGCCAGUCAUCCCCUCCCAUCCCCACGCUACAGAAUAAACACUGCAACGCACCACAAGCUACGGAUUUUUCUCUCCCUCAGGCUCCGCCAUCUUCAGACAACAGAAACCACCUGAAAGCAGAGUGGGACAGAAAUGAGGUGGUUAAAGAGCUGUGUGCGUUAAGCAGACGUCUGCGCAGUGAGCAGCGGCGACUGGAGGAACAGCUCCUGGAGACAGACUGGGAUCAUUUACCCUCUCCCUUUACCGACAGAUGCAGAGCAGAUGUGUUUGAUAUGGCCCGCUUGCAUAUGCCUGUCCGAAGCCCAUCGUCUCGUGGCAUUGAACCAGUCUGCUUCAAGGAAAAUGAUGACAUCAUGUUCAGAGACGACCUUAUGCCUCUUUCAAGAACACAGCAGUCUAGGUACAGAGACGUUGAGGGCGGGCGAGGAUCUGUGCUUCUGUCAGAGAGUGAAUUUAUUGAUCACAACGGAGCUGUGUUCCCGGUUCCUCCUGAUGUUGAGAGGAAAUCCACUCGACUCUCAGCGCGGGAACGACGCCGAUUAGCCAAUUUUCAGUCUGCUACAGAAAAGCAGCAGCAGCAGUCAAUAAACAUGAAACUGCGAGACGCAAAAAAUGAAGCCACUACAGUACUUAACACAUCACAGCAGGUUCCCAUUUAAUCUUUACAUUUACAUUGUUGAUCUUUAAAUAUGUAUUGACCUAAAUUUAAUGUCAAAAGUAAAUAAUAAAGUGUUUAUAAUAUAUAACAGCAAUACAAUGACCAUGAUGAUGUAUAUGUAACCAUUCUGCAAUAACCCGAAUGAACCUUGGCUUACUCUGAUUUUACCAGAGCAAAGGUUUCUAAGAUCAUUUCUUAACUUUCGUGCUUCUUAUUGUUUACACUGCUCCAGUGCUUUUGGAUGUUGGAUCGGUUUUACAUUUACAAACAAUUAUGUUACGGAUGUGACAUGAUUGGCAGUCUUUGCAUCAUCUGCUUGUAAAAGGACUGAUGCUGAAAUUGUGCUGAAAUAGUUGUGCUGUUGUAGUAAUUGUGCUGAAAUAGUUGGAAAAUUAAUGCUAAUUCAUUAAUUAAAUGAAAAUGUUUUUAGGUUGCUGCUCUGACGAGGAAAAGGAUGAAGCUGGUCAAUGUGAUAAACGUUUCGACCUACAGUGUCCUGGAAGACCCAGCUCCAUAUACACCUACAGAGCAUUGGAUUAGAGCCGAAUCCUCAGAUACGCUCAGGACUGAUGUCAGGCUCUGAACUAUGGGUCAUUGGGAUUCACAUGCAAUACUUACAAAAGCACAAGCUCUAUUGUGACACAGUGAUAAUAUGAAGAACAUUUCAAGUAAAUUCACUACAGUGUUUGGUGAAUCCGCUAGUUGAUCUGUUUGCCAAAAUGCCUGAUGCUCUUUUUAACAAAAGGAAUGACAGAAAUGCUAUCUUAAAAUAAAUUGUAUAACCUUUUA